AGCUGACACCCAAUCCAGCACCCCGCCUCAGGGCGGAGCUCCGUGGGAACGCCGAGCCCGGUCGCGCGCAGGCGCAGUGGGCUGUGUGGCGGGCGAAUGCAGGUCACCUCAGGUCUCGGUCUUUCGACGACCUCCCACGACCCCCACGCCAUGGAGCUCCGGGAGGAGAAGCCCGCCGAGCCCGGUGCUAGCGACAUUCCCGAUCUGGAGAUGCUGAAGCGGCGCGCGGCGGAGCGCAUCGACCAGGCGGCCGAGCGCCUGGGCGCGCUAAGCCGCGCCAUCUGGAGCGAGCCCGAGCUGGCCUACGAGGAGUACCGCGCGCACGGCGUGCUCACGCGCUUCUUCGAGCGCGAGCCGCCUGCCUCCUCGUGGGCCGUGCAGCCUCACUACGGGCUGCCCACAGCCUUCCGCGCAGAGUGGGCGCCGCCUGGGGCCGCGGCCGAGCCGCGCGCGCUGCAGCUGGGCUUUCUUUGCGAGUACGACGCGCUGCCCGACCUCGGCCACGCCUGUGGCCACAACCUCAUUGCCGAGGUCGGGGCGGCCGCCGCGCUGGGCCUGCGGGCGGCGCUCGAGAGCGUCCCGGGGCCGCCGCCCGUGAAGGUAAUUGUCUUGGGAACCCCUGCAGAAGAAGAUGGUGGUGGCAAAAUUGAUCUAAUUGAAGCAGGUGCUUUUAAAAACCUUGAUGUUGUUUUUAUGGCCCAUCCAUCCCAAGAGGAUGCUGCUUAUCUACUGGAUGUGGCUGAGCAUGAUGUGACUGUGAAGUACUAUGGAAAGGCAUCUCAUGCUGCCGCUUAUCCCUGGGAAGGAGUCAAUGCCUUAGAUGCUGCAGUUCUUGCUUAUAACAACCUCUCUCUGUUAAGACAGCAGAUGAAACCAACCUGGAGAGUACAUGGUAUAAUAAAAAAUGGUGGUGUAAAACCCAAUAUCAUUCCCUCUUAUUCUGAAUUAAUCUAUUACUUCCGUGCACCCUCAAUGAAAGAACUUCACGUUUUGACCAAAAAGGCAGAAGAUUCCUUCAGAGCUGCAGCUGUGGCUACGGGGUGCACAGUAGAAAUUGAAAGUGGAGCACAUGAUUAUUACAAUGUUCUUCCCAAUAAGACCCUGUGGAAUGCUUAUAUGGAGAAUGGGAAAAAGCUGGGGAUAGAAUUCAUUUCAGAAGAUGCAAUGUUGAGUGGCCCUUCAGGAUCUACUGAUUUUGGAAAUGUUACUUUUGUGAUUCCUGGAAUUCAUCCAUAUUUUUACAUUGGAACUGAUGCCUUGAAUCAUACUGAACAGUACACAGAAGCUGCAGGAUCACAAGAAGCUCAGUUCUACACUCUGCGCACAGCCAAAGCUCUGGCAAUGACUGCACUGGACAUCAUUUUUAAGCCAGAGUUGCUGAAAAGAGUCAGAGAGGACUUUAAAACGAAACUUCAGGAAGAACAGUUUUUAAAUACAGUACAAUAAGAGGAGGAAAGGAGCUGCCUAGGAAACAUUAAGAAGUCUCUUUUUUCCUUCUCUUUAACUUUUUCAGAUGAAAGAGCGUGUGCUUGUUUUUCGGUCUUAAGGGAAUGAAAUUUUUCCUACCUGAUAACUGAGGACAGGACAGAAUGUAGCGAAGAAGCACUAUAUCAUGUUUAGACAUGAUGAAGGUUGUGAUAUUUCAGAGUUGGUAUGUGAUGCCAUUUCUUAAGCUGGAUGACAUGAUUUCAUAAUAUCAUAUCUUGUAAAUACGUAUGUUGUAUAUUUCUAGAGGUCCCACAUUUCAAACCUUGAAUUGACACUCAGGAAAAUAAGUUUUGUGAUACGGAAUGGUAAAUGUGUUCUCAGAAGUUUCUAAAUUCAGGGAAAGUAUCUGAGUAUCUGACUGUAUUUGUUUUCAUUUAGAAAAAACUCAGAAGUAUGCUUGUAGGAGACAACUAGAAUCUCUGGUACAAAGAAUAGGCUUUCCUUUUACCGU